AUGGGGGAAGUUCGACCGGAUGCACUCCCACCGCGAAGCAAGAUUGCGCCGCUGCCAGUCCAGAUCUGCGGCGCCGUUGCUCUUCCGUCGCUGCAACCGUCGGCCGCCAUCUCUGUUCGCGAAGCAAGGCCGCCGCGUGAACCUGUAACCGCCGGCUGUCUCCUCCUCUCCUUUCUCCUCUGUUUUCAGCCCAGCCGCCGCCGAUUCCUUCUCCUCCGUCGUCUGCACUGCCGCGCGACUCUCCGGCCAUUUGUAUACGGUCUCUCCGUCGCACGUCAUCUCUUCGCAAAGCCACUGCUCGAUUUCUUUCGUGAAGAUUUGGGUUCGUUCUUCAUAGACUUCAACGUGGUUAAGGAGCUUAACAAAUUUGAAGGCAAAGGAAUUAUGCCGCCAAGGGAAGAAGUACGUAGAGGAGGUCGUAGAGGCCGAGGUAGAGGAGUAGUAGGGCCGAGGUAG